AUGAGGUAUACCAACACAAACCAUGUGGCCGUUGAAGCGCAAAAAUCUGAGGCCUUGAGUGUAGGACACAUUGGAGGAAGUGCAUACAAUGACAGCGUGAGCACCAAGCCCAUCACAGACUUCUUUGACAUGGGCGGAAAUUGCUUCCCCAUUGUCGUCUUUUGGAAACUUUGUUAUAUCAACAAAGUGCUCCGCUCCCGAGUCCAGUAUCAGAUUCGAUUUGCUGGCAUGGUCAACACCGACAACCCGCAUCCCCAUGCCCCGGCUCGCCAGCUGCACUGCGAGGUGUCCCAAGCCGCCGCCAGCCCCGGUAAUGACAACCCAUUGGCCAGCUCGCGCUUGGCUUCGCUACAGGGCCGACAAGACGGUGACUCCAGCACAAAGCAUCGGUGCCGCCUGUGCUGA